GAGGGUCACUGAGCGUCCAGGAAACGGCUCCCAAACUCAGGGGCUCGGUUUGGAGGAGGCGGGGAGUGGUUUGUUGCUGGAAAAGCUGACAGGCGAACAAGUCAGAGGGGAGGGGAAAUAAAGGAGAGAGGUGGCUGCCUUGACUUUGAGUUGGUCAGUGAAGGCCUCAUGCAGCUUCUCAGCAGUGACUCCAUUCCAUUUUUAUCCGCCUGACGCUUGUCGGCUUUGAGGAGAGCUCACCAGGAGCCCAGAGGGAAGGGAAAUAAAGGAGUACAUCACAGGAGGGGGGGGACGCAAAGGAAAGGAAACAUGAUGACCCAGGAACAGUGCUCUCAUAGGAACAAUGUCCAGAGUUCAGAGAAACCACAAGUGUACAAAGUGGGAAUAUAUGGCUGGAGGAAACGCUGCCUUUACUUCUUCGUCCUGCUGCUAAUGAUCCUGAUCCUGAUCAACCUGGCACUAACAAUUUGGAUCCUCAAGGUCAUGAACUUCACCAUUGACGGCAUGGGCAACCUGAGAAUAACAGAAAAAGGCCUGAAACUGGAAGGAGACUCUGAGUUCCUCCAACCUCUCUAUGCCAAAGAAAUCCGGUCCAGUCCAGGCCGCCCACUGUUCCUGCAGUCAUCCAGAAACAUCUCGGUCAACAUCGUGAACAGCAACAACCAGCUGCUCACGCAGCUCGUCACAGGAUCCAGCGGAUUUAAAGCGCGAGGGAAGAUGUUUGAAGUCAAAUCCACCUCCGGGAAGCUGCUGUUUUCCGCUGAUGAGCAGGAGGUGGUGGUCGGCGCAGAGAGACUGCGGGUGAUGGGGGCCGAAGGAGCAGUGUUCAGCAAAUCUGUGGAGACGCCGCAUGUCAGAGCCGAGCCAUUCAAAGAGCUACGGUUGGAGUCUCCUACCCGCUCUUUACUGAUGGAGGCCCCGAAAGGAAUCCAGAUCCUGGCCGAGGCCGGAGAUAUCCAGGCCAUCUGCAGGAACGAGCUGCGGCUGGAGUCCAAAGACGGAGAGAUUGCUCUGGAUGCUCAGAGGAUCCGUCUGAUGAGGCUGCCAGAAGGAAAAGCCUCUUCCAGCUCCUCGUCCUCUGGGACUAGGCAGACUGUCUAUGAAGUUUGCGUUUGUCCUAACGGGAGACUUUUUCUGUCCCUUGCUGGCGCCGGAUCCACCUGCCAGAUCAACAACAACGUCUGCCUCUAGGACUACAACUCUAGGAUUUUGUACAACUAUAAAUAAGAUAUUUGGUGGGAGGGGGAAAAAAUGACACGCAGAGCAGGCCAAUGUACAAACGCUGUCUGCCUCUAGGACUGCCGGAGCCAACGGACAACAAAUAAGCGUCAUUUUUCAAUCAAAAACACUUUAACCUUAGGUUCUACUGAUGUGUUUAAAAAGUCAAUAAGGACGAGUUUGCUUUAAGGUUUCUGAGAGGUGCCAAAUUUCAGUGCGAACAUAUAUUUUUCCCUAACUUCUACAAGACUCUAAAGGUUACAGGUUUCAAUACCUUUUUAAUACAGAAGGACAGAAUGGCACCUUUUGCUCUCUCCUGGACAGAGACAAGUAUAAAUAAGGUUGGUGUUUGUAUCAUAAUGGUUUGACCCUAAAUGACUCACAUGACACGGCUAUUUAUUAAUAGCAAGCAAACAUAGGAAACACUUAACGUAGAAUUCCAGUGAGUAUUUUCUCCUGCCAGAAAUGGAGAGUAAAUUCCUCUGAGAUCUACUGUAAAAGACACUGAUCUGUUCCCUUUUUUUCCCCUGGACCUUCUCAGUGCCAGAACCACUGGGGUCAUCACCCAUGACAACAGGCCAAGUAUCUUUGCUAUUUAAAUUUGGUUUUGCAGAACAAUUGAGAAAUAUUUUAGCUGCUGUGUUUGUAUGUGCUUUUAUUUUGCUGAUUUUCACUCACAGUUUCUACAUAAGUUUGGCCAUGUUACCUUCACAUCAAACUUAAUUUCAAUCCAAUUACAAAAGUUUUAUAAGGGUUUUGUGCAUAAAAUAUUCAAUAUUUGUCUUCUUCUCAUUAAUCCCAAAUGUCUUUUAUCACACAAGCAGUUAAAAACAAAUCAAUCACAGCCGAUUCAUUAAAAAAUCAAGUAUUAAAGUAAGUGAUUAUUGUUCACAAUGCUCCAUAGAAGUCAUACCCUGAGGUGUUAUAAAUCUUGAAAAAUAUAUUUAAUUUUAGUAAAAAUCUAAUUUAAAGUAGUGUGUUUUCAACCCUCUGCAGUUUUGUCAUUUUGCCUUUUAACAAGAAUAUAUUUCCAACCAGGCUGCUCAGAGAAGCAAAACUUACAUUAUGUUGAUUUUAAACCACAAUAAAUAAAUAAAUAAAUAAAUAAAAUAAGCUGCCUGAACCCUUGUGGUGAUCACCCUACUGGUUUCUUGCCCUGUAAGUUUAAAAAAAUAAAUUGAACCACUCUUUUGAAAGAGGGGAACUGUGCCUGUGCCUUAUGUCAAUGCACUCGUGGCAAAAAGAAGCACAUCAGACAAACUUUCUUUGGCAUUAACGAGCUUCAUGGUCUGAUUUUAGUUUGGUUUUUAUCCAGUUCACAAACCUUUUCCUUGUGUGCGAAUGCAAAGACCUUCAGCUGCCUCCGACUGUAGACGCUCACAUCCAACUGCUGUGAGGGAUACAGUAUGUUGGGUUUUCUUUCAUGUAUUAUUUUUGUUUUUAAAAGAUUGCUUUUUAGUGUGUGUUAAAGCUUGACUUGGCAAUCUUGUGAUACUGUGGAGUUUAAACUGUAUUAAUUUGAUUUUUAAACACUUGUACACUUACCUAAAGAAUACACUAAAAUAUAUUUUUGUCAUUAGAAACACGUUUCAAAGUCCACCUAUGAUCUUCAGCAUUUGUUAAAUUCUUCACAGGAGAUGUACAGAUAUUCUCUGCAGAAGUUUUGCUGCCUUGUUUAAUAACUCUAAAAAUAUCCAAGCUAAUUAAAUACUUCGGUAAGAGUUUGGACACAUGUAAAAUCCAACUAAAGAAAGGAUAUUUUAUAAAUUGUGUUGUACAUUUCAACUUGCAAGCCUCCAUUUUUUUGUGAUCAUAACACCCCUUCAACAUUGGCAGUAUUGUGGCAAUACAGCUAACAAUACAAGACUCAACCCCACCAUGUGGUUUGCAUACAACCAGGCAAAAACACAAGCUUGACAAUUAUGUGUCAAAAAUGUGUCACAAAGUGCGGAAUUGGUCAGUAAAAAAUAAAAAACUUAUUUGACAAGUUUUUUUGCUGUUGUUUUUUAAGCUCCAUAUGUUCAAAUAAAACCUUUGUUGAGAUAUGAAGGACUUCUGUGGAGGGUUAUAUGAUAAAAAAAAGUUGUAAUUUUAGACUACAGUUUUAUAAACGAUGUAUGAAAAUCACUUUACUGAAGAUUAGGCUUUUGUCAAUGUUUGCAGUUAGAAGAAAACGUAGAUGUUGGUAAAAGAAAAAGGUGUGUAUGUGUAAGUGUUCAACAGGGUUGUGUUUUCCAACUGUUUGGAAAAUAUUCCUGAACCAGAAGAAAACCACUUGAAGAUAAAAAAAGGGGGUUUAAUUCAAUAACAUGUUUGUGUUAAUUUUCAGAGAAACUCGCCACUCUUUUCUUGAUUUACCUGACAUGAUGUGUUUUAACCUUCCAGCAGCAGCUGUCAUUCAGGUUUCUCUCUGAAGGGAAGGAAAGGGAAGAGGUGGAGUUGUUGUGUUUGCAGCUGUAUUGUGCAAAGUUGUGAACCAACUCAAGAUGAAACAUGGAGAGGAGGUGAAAAUGGCUCUUUUUGUAUAGAUUUUGAUGCAAGUUAGUAUCUUUAAUAGCAUAAAUCUUUAUAGAAUUGAUUUAAUCAAAAUAUUUUUUUGACAGACCUAAUUAUGAAUCACCAUAAACUAAAUAUAUCUGUGAAGCUAAUCCAGAUGGUUGGAUGCUAUACCAAAAAACAGUCAACACAAGUAAAAGAAUACUUCAGAUUUGAAUGGAUUUUUUAUUUUUUUUUUUUGCUAUAUCUUCAAGGUGUCCUACUCCAAACAUUGAGUUAUAUUUCAUAAAUGUAUAAAUAAUUUGGUGACAAAAGAUACAAUUUUCCAUUACAAGAGACUUGUAUGUGACAUCCUCACUCUGUGUAGCUAUUUAUAUCACCAUUUAUCAAUCCACCGUUUAGCAAUGUUAAAAUAUAUGGUGUGGAUGAAAACCUCUGUAAAGUUUUUAACAGUGAUCUAAAACUAGCCGACGGAGGCUAUGUAAACCAGACAUCCUUCUCUGCACACUUCCGCUAAUCCACUAAUGUGCUAACAGUGGAGCUAAUGUUUCAUGUAGUGUUUUGCUAACUUGGAAAAUGUUUAAAUUCAUUUUUCUGGAGAAAUUCCAGAGAGCUAAAUUACUUGGCUGUUGUGUAAACUUUCAGUCGAAUUAAGAUUGGCAUCUGUGUUAAUGUUUUAGUUAAUGACUUAAGAAUUCAAGCAGUUUGCCGUUUUAUGCUCUUAUUUUGAAGGGGGUGAAGACAUUAUGUUUACUCUCCUCAUGUUCUUUCUCUUUUUUCCCCUAAUCUGAUUUCAAACAAAAUACAAACAGAAACAAAAUACAAUAUUGACAAUACUGAACAAUACAUAAGCAUAAAUACAAUAGAACAUGUAAAUUAUGUCAAAAUUAAAUCGGUGCUUGAGGAUUGUAGUCCUUUAAGGGCAGACAUAAUUAGAAUUUAAGUCAGUGCUUUAGCACUAGCUUUUUUAAAUAAAGUAUUGAAAGCACUUUUUCAGAAUUAAUAUUUAGGAUUAGUGCUGUAGGGCUAGCAUGGUUAAUUUUGUAGUUAGCGGUGUCCACUACUGUUAAUAACCAACACCGGACUAUAUGCAAGACAUUUGGCGUCAAAAUGCUACAUCUUUUUUAAAAUUCCUUGCAAUGCAAAAUAAUAUUUUUUUUUUUUUCAAAGAUAAGUUAUAGUCAAGGACAUAGAAAUAUUUUGAGGAAUUUUGGACAGUUUUAGAAGAUGGAGCAACUUUAAGCAUAGAGUUCAGUUUUUUAAACUGAACUCUAAGGGGGGUGGAAGUAAAGUUACCACCCCCUUCAUAUCACACAAUUUAAUUAUUCAACAUCUUUAGUGUUUUGUAUCCUCUCUUAGUGAGGCGUGCCAACUUUUCCUUGUUUCAGCCUCCUAUGUUGCUGUACAUUAUAUAUUUUCCCACAUAACUAAACCUGAAUCUGCUGUAUUUACUUUUUGAAUACAUGUAAACAGACUUUUAUAGGGCUGUGAAUAUAAAUAAUGUAAACAUAAAUGCGGUGAUGCGGCGUUAAAGAGAAACGUUGCUGUUUUAGAAGCCUUUUUUUUAUGUAUGAUACAUGUUUUUAUACUGAAAGGGCAAAAAUUACUCCCAAAAAGUUAAAGGGUAUUCAUUGACUCAGCAUGUACAGCAGUGUAUACAAUGCUGGCCUGUGGAGAACAAGUUCCUUUUGAUUUUUUUCAUGAUCUCGUCUCUCCAGCUGAGCUCAGAUAUUCGCUACAAACACAAAGCUUCAGAUGUUUUUGUUUUUCUACGUUGGUGCUGAGGUCUUUGCAUUCCUUCUAAGUGUGCUGUCUGUAAAUUUGCGCUUGUAUGAGCUACAUUUGAUUCUGCUCCGCUGAACAUGUUGAACGGUUGCCAGUGAAUCAAACCCAGAAAACAACUGAAAACCUAAAGGGAAAGAGCAGAAGAAACACCUGCACAGUGUUGAGGAGUAUUGUUUUUGCACAUAUGUAGUUUACUCCAACAUUCCCACUUAAAUGUGUGUAGGUUUAAUUUUUUGCUAAUAACAUGAACCAGUUUAAGUUUCACAGAUCCAGGAUUUGUUCUACUAAUCAGUCAGUCAUUCAGUCAUGGUAAGUGAUAAGUAAUUCUAAUUAAUGCAAAAAAAGUUUUACCUGUAGUUAAACUAUAUACAUCCAACAAGGUGUACAAAAACACACACAAAGUGAAACCCUAAAAUUAUUUACCUUGUCUGUGCCAAAAACCAACCCCUCAGCGCUGUGCUUUCACUCUGAACACUGUGUACCUUCUUUUCCUGACAGCCCGCUCGUUUCUCCAUCUUUUCUUUACUCUUCAGUCAGAAACUGCCGUUCAUGGAGUAGUUUUCAAAGAUGCCAAAAUAAAAAAAGGCAUUGUUCAAACUGG